AUGGCUAUUCUGCAGCAAGAAAUGCUGCUGAAGACAGGAAUGAUGGGGAACGAAGUUCCUCGAGUGGAGGGAUUGAAUGAACUACUUCUCCUGGACGAGAAAGAGGCGUCAGAAAGCCAGGAGGCUGGGCAAGGAGAGAGGAAUACUAGCUCUAGUUCGGAUGCAGUGGAUGCUGCGGAUUUGUUCGACCAAUAUAUCAAUAAGGACAUGUUAAUGGAGUCAAUUGAAGAGGACUCUUCUCCUGGAUUGCUUCGGUUUGAUUCUGUUUCUCCUCUGAUGAAGAUGGAGGGUGAUAGCGGGGAUAAGAGUGGGGAGAUGUCAGUAUCUGGUGGUGGGGGUCUUGAAGAUAUGGGGGGUCUUGAUAUGGAUGUUAGUUUGCAUGAUGAUUUAACGCAUGAGAAUGUUGAGAGUUGGGCGAUGGAGAAUAAUGAGAAUCACGCGGAACAAGCGGGGCCUGCUCAGGCUGCUGUUCCUGCUCAGGCUGCUGCUCAGACUUGUGUUUCUGCCCAGGCUCCUGCUCAAGCUCAAGCUCCCAGUGUUGGCAAUACGAUUGUUAAUAGCAGUACGAUAUCCAACUUGGUGUACUAUCAGCAGAGCGAGAGUUUGCUCACCAACAUUUUGGAGUUUGGUAGGACACAACCUUUCAAAACGGUGUAUUUGAACCCACAGGAGUUUCUGCCCAAAGAAGACGAUGCUCAGGCGUUGCCAUACAAGAUUCAUGUGGACGGUGUUCCUCCUAUGUCGAGAGUGGAGACGCAGAUAAAGAUAAACAUAGCGAUUUCGCCAGCACCUCGUCAAUAUAUGAUACAUUUACCUACGGAUAGCAUAACAAGACAAAAGUUUUAUUUGACUCACGAUAUCACGGAGUAUCCUGCAAAUGUGAGGGAACAAAUGCUAUAUCUGGAGACGUUUUUGCUAUGUUCUUCUACGAACAAAUCGACGUAUGUGUGUUCGAGAUGUAUCAGGAGAGAGCAAAGAAGGGCCGCCAGGAGAAAGUCGGGCAUCAGCGAUAACCUGCUAUGGUGCAACAACGAAAACAAGAGGGCGAUUGUGUUUAACAGCAAACAGGUUAUUCUCAUGAAGGAAAAUGAAAACGAGGAGAACACCAAGAGUUUCUCUUUGAUGACACGUAUAGUCUGCUAUUGUAGGCAUCACAAGGAGCCGGAAGGGUUUAAGAUAUUAGUGGUUCUACGUGACGCGUCGAAUAAUAUCUUGGCUAGAACUGUAACGAAUAAUAUUGUCAUCAUGGACAAGAAAACUUCCUCUUCGUCUUCAGGAAAGGGCAAGUUCACCUCUAGCGACAAUAGAGCAAGCGAUGGGUCGUCGACCUACGUCAAGGAUGAGUACUCUACUACAGGCGGCGUUGCUAGCGACUACAGCAACGCGGAUUUGUUCUCGAUGGUGAAAGCGGAUGAGCCCUCGGUGACCGUACGGCUUUCGGUGCCCAAGAAUAUGCCUUCGCCAACUUCUAUAACGGAAGACUCGUCGGAGAACGUUCAGACAGAUCACGGCCCGAUGAAUUCGUCGGCAACUGGGUUCUUGCACUCUUCUGCUGCUGCUUCUGCUCGUACAAACGGGUAUAAGCGUCCAAGAAACUCUAUGGAUGCCAAAUCAGAACGUUCGUUCUCUAAUUCGUCUACUUCGACACCUGCUGUGACAAAUUCUGCAUCGUUAAGCGCGGGUGCUUCUUCUACUUUGUUGUUGCAUAACGUUCAGCAUCAUCAACAGCAGCAGCAGCAACCAUCGCAAUUACCGGCAUCUAAUCAACACGCUCUACCAAUGAUUCAAAGGCCACACAUGCUAGCGCAACAGUUGGGUGCUUCUACCAUUGAAGGUAUGAACAGCAGCAGCAACAACAGCAGUAAUGUGCCUCAGAAACCACGUCCAUUUAUCCAACGUGUUAUUCCAGCACAAGGGCCUAUCAAGGGUGGAAUUGAAGUUACUUUGCUAGGGUCCAACUUCAAACCUAAUAUGGUGGUCAAGUUUGGCGAAAACAGAGCUUUGUCGACCCAGUGCUGGAGUGACAGUACUAUUGUCACGUACCUACCUCCAACGUCGAAGCCAGGACAGGUCUUGGUGUCUGUAUUUGAAAGAGAGGAUGCGAACAACGAGCACUUGCUAAGCAAUAUGUCGAACAGCAGGGCCAUUUUCACAUACGUUGACGACACUGAUCGUCAAUUAAUCGAGCUAGCUCUCCAAAUCGUUGGUUUGAAGAUGAACGGUAAGUUGGAAGAUGCUAGAAACAUUGCUAAAAAGAUUGUUGGAAGCGACGGUGGGUCCUCGAACGGGUCCACGCCGGGCUCCAACAUUUCUCCUUCAGGUAACUACGGCGGGGCUUCUUAUUCGGAUAGCCCUGGGAAUUUCGGCUACAAUGACAACAACAACAACAGUGCUGGACAGGUAUACUAUUCUGAUGAGAUGCUAAUCAUCAAGGUUGUCAAACUUCUAAACCCAAGCUCAAACUUGUCCAUGUGCAACUCUGAUGGACAGACGAUGCUACAUUUGGCAUGUUUGAAGGGCUAUUUCCAUUUGGUAUCUGCCUUGGUUAACAAGGGCGCAAGGGUUGAUGUGACGGAUUCAUUCGGUUUCACGCCGCUCCAUUUCGCAUGUAUCAAUGGUGACGUCAAGGCCAUUCAACUCUUGGUCGGCUGCAAGGCGAAUGUUUCCGCGAUCGCUGAUAAUGGGGUCAACGCACUCGAUCUCUACAGGUCGCAACAUGUUUCUGAUUCGGACAGAAACACCAACAACACCUACACAGAAGAUAUACUACGCUUAUUGUCUGACCAGACCGAUGCCGGCGAUGGCAACGACGACAACGAUGACGAUGAUUUCAAGGCCUUUGGCAGAAAAAUGAGUACCUCCAGCUUCCACUCCAGCGUGUACUGCGCCGAAUCGGUGGAUUCUGUCGAUUACGGUUACCAAGUCCAUGUUUCCAAAAUGGUUCAAGACACGCUAUCGGACGAUUCCGAGUACGAGUCCAGCGGGUACGACGACGACUCGAGCAUCAGUGGGUACGAUGACUCGACUGAGGGUCUGCUUCUUUCGGAACGUGACACAGUGGCAGCGCUAGAAGUUUCAAGCGGCGACGAAAACGAACCACUAGCCGUUGCCGUUGCCGUUGCCUCUGCUACUACUGGGGACGCCGCUACAGCCGCUACAAAUAAUAAUAAUAAUAAUAAUACCACUGCUGCUGCUGCUGUAGAACCAGCAUCCCCAGAAGGCUUGCCCAAGUACGAGGACCUAUUCCCGGUCUCCGCAAACAACACCGACAAAUCAAAGACCAUCGAAGCCAGCACCGCCCUCGUCUCAGCAGCCGCAGCAGUAGCCGCCGCCUCCGCCACAGACCCAGACGCCGCCGACUCCCACGACUCCCAGACCUCAGAAACCUCAGAGGACGAAGAAGAAGCCCUGCAAGUCAGAUUGAACCGCUUCUUCCAACAGCGCCAGAACUUCAGAAACGACAAAAUGCUCCUCUUCUUCUGGAUCCCAAUCAUGGUCAUCCUCUCCUCAGCUUUCCUAGCCUUCCACUUCGGUAAAGACGGCAACAAGAUCCGCCACAUCUCAGAAGCUGUCUCAGAAACAAUCAGAACCUGGAUGGCCAAAACCCUCUUGGGUAAUGAUAGAAUGAAAGCCGUAUUUAGAGAGUCCAUCCAUAAUCUCCAAAACCACAGAAUUCUGGGAGAAAAUAACUACGCUAUCUAA